AUGGCACAGCUCCUUAAUAUUACCAUGCCAAGCUUUCUGGGGACAAACCGCAACAGAUACACUCCUGAGCGGCUCAAGUGUCUUUAUUCGGACCUCUUGUAUGCGAUUGAUGUCUCGAGAGAAGAUCUCAGUCGUCGUGGCCGCGUAGAAGACGAAUGGGAAGACGUCAUCAAGGGUAACAACAAUGACAAUCCACUAUCACUUCAUGGGUUAAGGCGAAGUUUGGCCACUCUACCAAUCAUUGGCAGACACAGGCGUCGAACCAGCCCUGUCAUCAGACUUAAUAGUCGGAAAGGACUAGAUUUAGCCUUUCGAUUCUUAGCCGCAACCAAAGCACCUGACAAGGAAGGGGACAAUGGCGGUGCUGCAGCUCUCAGGGACGAUGACUCUGUGAUGGCUUUAAAUGCAGCCAAACGAAUUGAACGAAGAGUUGUAGCCAUUAUCCGAGAAAUUGGUGAAGUGGUGGUAAACGGCGGGAACACUGUUUCCACUAAUAGCACCAACAAUGGUAACAGGAUGGAAAACCUUACAUCCUGCUUUGAGUACUUUUGUGAGAAGAACAUGCUUUCCCUCUUGGUAGACAUUGCCAAACAGAAUCCUGGUAAUCAAGCAAAAGCUGCAUCGGCAAGGCAUGGCGUUGUUUGGAGUCCAUUGGUCAAGGCACAAGUAAUGCAGACGGUGUCCCUGUUGGUUGCCUCCGGUGGAAGGAAUCCGCACACCCUCUUCUACAUCCUUUCUCAAAACGCCAUCAACGACUUGAUUUCAUGCAUGCUACCUCUGCAUCAGUGGACUGAUCCGGCUUUGGAAAAGCUAGUGCAUCCCUUCGUCGACGUGCUCAAGAACAUGGGGCUUCAGCUCGCUGGAACACCUGAUCUGUUUCCUUUUUUCACGCGAAGGGACACUUUCCCACUGUUUCAUGCAGCUCUGGAAAUUGGAACUAGUGCAUAUGCUCAGACUGAUUCGUUUGUCCACAUCAACUGCUUGAGUAUCAUUGUCAACACCAUGAAGAUCACAACCCCACAAGUUCAAGCCUGGGUAUCAUCCGCCAUACCGGAGCUCCGGAAGCUGUCCAAUCACUUUUGCCAGCUUUUGCUCAACCGGUACUAUCGCAUUGCUGACUUAACAACUGGCCCCGUUGUUGAUCCUCUUCGCAAUAGUGCUGUGGAGGCACAGUUGUUGGCAUUGCAUGAUCAGAUCCAUGUGUUGAAUGAUGUCUUUAGCUGUGGAAUUCCUGGCCUCAAUGUACGACUCUGUGAGCUGUUAAUGCGCAGAGUCGUCAGCGUGGUAUUGCAAAACUUGGAGCCUCCGAGGGAACGAGCGUUUAUCAGUGUCGGGCUCUGCGAUCUGGAUGUGACCCCGCAACGAGAAUGUCUGGCGCAGGUGUCCUGCAUGUUCUUAGCGCAACUAUUUCACCACGUGGACUACCUACCUUUCCUGCGAAUGCUAGCUGUGGCUUUAUUCCAUCCCAAGUCUACCCCGCUCCUGGUCAAUCACAGUGAUAGACAAGGCAAGUUAGCGUUCGGUCCUGUGAACGAAGAAGACUACGUUUUUGUGCCUGCGUUGGAUGCCAUUGCUCAAGGAAAGGGAGCAAAGAAUGACACGUUGCUAGACAACCCUUUUCGUAGGUCGCUGCUACAGACGUUGAGAGGCGAUUUUGGAGAAUGGAGAUUUUCGGUUGCCGCAAUCGUUGUUGAAAGUGUGCUUGAGUCGGAGGCAUUUGACAUGGAAACCCUACAGAUUCUCGAAAUCGUUCCUCGCAGGAAAAAGGACCAUCCUGAUGGAGCAGAUACGGACAAGGAAGAGAAAACUGAAGCUGUCGGCACGGCAGAAGACAGUUGCUGGUACCAACCAACAGAAGUUGAGCAUGCGCUGACACACUUUUUGCUCGAAAUGCCCAAGUCAAUGUUGUCAUCUGUAUCCAAAACUUGCCUCGAAUGUGCCGGAUCCAUCGCUUUGUCACUUUUGCACAAGUGCGCCCUGAGUGUGACCGACAAUGGCGUUGAAGUCGGACCUUUUCAACUCGCUUCUAUGCCGCUAUGGCAGGCUAUCUUCCAAACAAAGGCAACCUAUUGUAAGGAAGCUCUUGAAUCACAAAGAACCUUGGAGGUUUCAGAUAUCUUUCUGGAAUUGGCAGAGUUUGCAAUUUGCAAUCGUUACAAAAAAGUAGCGUCGUCCUCUGAACGAUUGACGUUUGGAUCCCAACCAACAGCUACUUAUGCCUGCCACUUGUCACAAAUGGGAUGCCCUGUGCUCGCUGAAUCCGCCGAACUUUUAGUCCGCAAGUUUCGCUUUCUCAACUAUACCGAUGUGGAAGAAGCGAGGUUUCACAUUGAAUCGGCUAUUCACUUUCGUGCAUUGUGCAAGACGCUGGUGGCAUUUUCCGAAAAACUCGACAAUCAUCAUGCCAAGCGACAAGCCCGAGGUGGUACCGAAAGGUCGAAUGGCAAUGACAGGUCGAGUGCAGAUCUGGCAAUGGACAUGUUGGAUGUUGCCGAUGAGUUUGCGUUGACGUUCGGUGGUCUCGGGAGUCGUCCAGAUGCUCGCAUGGAUCUUGACCUCCGAGGACGAAUGACAUUUUCUUGUUUCCUCUCCACUGCCACUGUGUCCGGUGCGAUGCCUACUGCGCCACCAGAGACAUCCAAAUUGUCUCUUGUAGUUGACCCUACUGACUUCUAUGUUGUCCGAGAACGUGGAGUUUCACUGGGUGGCAUUUUGUGCCGUGUGGGAUUGCAAAAGGUGAUUGCUGCGGCUUCCGAUGGGCAGUGGUUGCAUUUGGCAGUCCGCCAUCAAGACGUGGGGUGUUUGAUAAAGAAUGGAAACAUGAUACUUCAGUUUGAAAAUGCCGGGACAUGCCUAAUUGUCAGAGAGUACUUGGAUCGCAGCCGAAACACUGUAAGGCGCGAGCUCAUGGAACGUUUCCGUACAUUGAUAGAACCUGAUACAGUACUGGAGCAGCGGCAGCCCAGAGCUCCAGUGAGGGAAGAAAUGGCCGACAAAGUUGGGUUGGCCUGA